AUGGCUCCGGGAGGCCGCGAGAUCUAUGCGGCUACUUACAGCAAUGUCCCUGUCUACGAAUUCAACGUUGCCGGCAACCAUGUCAUGCGAAGACGCUGCGAUGACUAUAUCAAUGCGACUCACAUCCUCAAAGUCGCUGAUUAUGAUAAACCGGCAAGAACAAGAAUACUAGAAAGAGAAGUACAGAAAGGGACGCACGAGAAGAUACAAGGAGGAUUGUUGAGCAGUCCUGAUGAAGAGCUAGGGACAUGGAUACCCUUACCUGCAGGCAGAGAGCUCGCAUUAAAGAAUGGCGUCUUUGAGAAGCUACAACCAAUUUUCGACUACGUUUACGGCGAAUCCAGCCCACCUCCUGCCCCUAAACACGCUACGAACCCCAAUAGACCUCGAGUCCCGAAGCAACCUGGAGGAAGAAAGGCUGCGGGUAUGGUUGCUCCCUCAAGUGGCCGAAGGGUACUGAUUGCAGAUCCAGGGGCGUUGAAACCUCCUAUUAUGAGCGAUGACUAUGAACCUUUCAGCAGUCAACCACGUGAUGAUGACUCACAAGAUGCAGAGACAAUAGCUUCUACAUCGUACCUAGACGGUGACGACGCAUAUGGUAGUCACUACAAUCCGAACUCGCGGAAACGUAAACGGGUGCCCGAUAACUCAGACCAACAGCAUACCCUCAUUGGUGAUAGAAUCCUGGAUUACUUCAUGCUGUCAUCGCCCGAUGAACCUUUCACUAAUGCGCCUGCUCCUCCUACUAUCCCUCGCACUUUUGAAGUCAAUCGACCAAUUGAUGAUGACAAACACUGUGCCAUUCAUUGGGCUGUAGCAAUGGGGGACAUUCCCAUACUCCGAGCAUUACUGAAUCUUAAUGCCGACAUCCACGUCCGUAAUAAGCGUGGAGAAACUCCACUGAUCAAAGCUGUGAUGUUCACCAACAAUUUUACUAAUCAAAGCGCCGAGGAUGUUGUAACAAUGCUCCAGCACAGCCUCACAGAGAAAGACCACUUUCAAGCGUCCGUUCUACAUCAUACUGUAAUGACGACUAACAGUCGCACGCGUAGGAAGUGUGCUGUGCACUAUCUCAGCGUGCUGUUGAAGACACUGGAGAGGACAUGUCCAAAGCAGACGGUCGAAGAUUUUCUCAACUCGCAAGACAGACAUGGUGAUACAGCGUUGCAUAUUGCGGCACGGUUUGAUUCCAAAAGGUGUAUCAAGAUGCUGAAAGAAUAUGGAGCCGCGAGCGAUAUCGCAAAUUACAAGGGAGAGACGACCGAUCAGUUAGUCACAGACCUUCGAUCUCUACACGUAGCGGCUACAUCUUCCUCGCCGCCCCCAAUGGAUUUAGAUCCCAAAGUGAUGGGGUUUGCAGGGAUUGAAAGAGGAUCGGCGCCCUACAAGGCCGAAGCCGCUCGAUCAUUCAGCGCAUCUUUCGACAAUUUGGCUCAAGAGAAGGCUCUCCAAUUGGCUCUAGCGAUUGAGAAGGAUUUCAAAGACAAAGAAGAGUCGUUGCGGGAAACAGAGCAAGCGCUUGAGAAGAAUGAGGAGGAACGGCAGCAAAUUCAUCAAGCUUCCCUCAACUACACUACCCUAGAAGAAACCGAUGACAGCGAGCGCGCAAAUUUAGAAGAGGAAUAUGAAGUGGUAUAUUCGCAGAGUGUGUCUUAUUCCGAGCAAACACAACAUCGUGAGCUCCACCAAAAAGUCAGAGCUUUCGAGCAAGCGUUGCCUAAGACUGCGCACAAUUUACCUAACGGCACAAUCUCGAGUGAUCAAGUUCUCGAAGAACAGGCUCAUGCAGCGAUUGGGUUGGCACACGAGCAAAGUAGACGGCGGAGACUGACAAGGGAUGUAGCUGAAGCUCAGGCAUAUGCAGGUAUGGGUGCGACUGGACAGGCCAUGAAGCAGUUGGUGGCCGACACGACUGGUGUGUCACCAGACGAUGUGCCUGCGUUGGCACCUGAAUUAUUGGAUGCGUUGGAGGCUGAUAAGAUGGAAUACGCACGAGAACCGUUCGCUCUCGCGGUAUGA